UCGGUUGGGGGUUUGGAGAGGAAAUUGGAGUACCAGAGAGUUUGCGUGAGCACCGACGAUGGAGGAGUGAUUUCGUUGGAUUGGCCGUCGAAUUUGGACCUCACGGAGGAGCAUGGACUGGACACGACCUUGUUGAUUGUCCCCGGAUGGGCUCAAGGAAGCUCGGACGUCAACAUACGGUCGUUUGUUUGUGACGCUUUGAAGCGGGGAUGCUUUCCGGUCGUGAUGAAUCCCAGGGGCUGUGCCGAUUCGCCUCUCACAACUGCGCGGUUAUUUACAGCUGCUGACAGCGAUGAUAUCUGCACAGCUAUACAGUUCAUCAAUAAGGCUAGACCGUGGACUACGUUGAUGGGGGUUGGCUGGGGUUAUGGCGCAAACAUGUUAACAAAGUACCUGGCAGAAGUUGGAGAGGGGACACCGCUCACUGCAGCGGCAUGUAUAGACAACCCGUUUGACUUAGAGGAGGCCACAAGGUCCUUUCCUCAUCACAUGGCUACUGAUCAUAAACUCACCGAUGGGCUAGUAGAUAUUCUGAGGUCUAACAAGGAACUAUUUCGAGGCAGAGCUAAAGGGUUUGACGUUGAAAAGGCUCUAUCUGCAAAAUCUGUUCGUGAUUUUGAAAAAGCAAUCUCUAUGGUUUCUUAUGGUUUUGAAGCCAUUGAAGAUUUUUAUUCAAAAUCUAGUACAAGAAAUUUGAUUGGGAACGUGAAGAUUCCUGUUCUUUUUAUACAGAAUGAUGAUGGUUCAGCGCCUCUCUUUUCAAUUCCACGCAGUUCUGUUGCUGAAAAUCCAUUUACCAGCCUGCUAUUGUGUUCUUGUUUGCCGUCCAGUGGCAUUUAUGGUGGUAGGUCUGCUAUGACUUGGUGUCAGCAACUUACAAUUGAGUGGCUGACAGCUGUGGAGCUUGGACUUCUUAAGGGACGACAUCCUCUUCUCAAAGACGUGGAUAUCACCAUCAAUCCUUCAAAAGGCUUAGCUUUUAUGGAAGGCAAACAAUCCAGAAAAAAUGGCAAAGUUACCAAGCUAUUGGAUUUUACUCCUUCGAAUUCUUUAAACAGAUAUACCAAAGAUACCAUAAAUAACGUGCUUGAAGAAAGUGACACUACUGCAAGCUUGAUCUUAAGAUCCAGAAAGGAUUUACAGAGAAAGUAUGAAGUUGAAGACAAAGGAUUGGGAAAAAUUGAAAAUGGUGCAUUGGAGCAGACUAACUCUAUUGAUACAGAAUUGGUUCAACAGGAGGAAGUCAGUCCAAUAGAAAGUGAAAGUGGUGAAGUGCUGCAGACAGCACAAGUGGUUAUGAAUAUGCUUGAUGUAACAAUGCCUGGUACUCUAACAGAAGAAAAGAAGAAGAAGGUCUUAACUACUGUUGGUCAAGGAGAGACAUUGAUGAAAGCUUUGGAAGAUGCGGUACCAGAAGAUGUCCGGGAGAAGCUUACGACUGCUGUGUCUGGAAUUUUGCGUGCUCAAGGCCCACAAAUGAAAAUAAAUGAACUCCUGGAUAUUUCUCGAAUUCCAAAUGUGUCAACAGGAUUGAAGUCUAAGCUGGAAGAAAAAUUUAGGGGAACAUCAAACACAGAAGGUGGAUUGCAGGACCAGCAUUCUUCAGAGCAGAUGAAAAAGACUGACAAUCUGUCAGAUAGCUCCACUAAUAAUCAACCAGGCGUGCAGAAGCCUUCUGGGGGAAUGGAUUCAGAGCAUCUUCAGAUGGAGAACUCUCAAAAGUCUGCCAAUUUAGGCCAAUCUCAAUCAACGAGCAGUGAUGAAAACAAUAAUUCUGGUUUUGUCAGGACGGAAGCUAGUGAUUCGGGAACUGAUGUCAAUUAUGAUGAUUCUUCAAAAGGAAAAGGUGUUGUGAAUUCUGAAAAAGUCGAGAAAGGAUCAGAAACAGGAGCUAAGGCUAACAGUUCCAGCAGUGCUGAGAAGGCAAGCAAUGCAGAAGAAGCAAAUGUUGAAGAACACAAGGACCAAAAUGAAAAAACAGCUUUGUCAGACACAAAAGAGGAGCACAGUGCCAAAAAUGAAGAGAAAUCAGUACCUGAUCAAAAUAAGACAACAGCUGUAUCAUCAUCGGGCGUGAUUGGUGAAAACACGUCACCUUCAGGAUCCUCUUCCGAGGCCCAGUCAACAGAGAAGGAAGAUAGUGAUGAUAACAAGAACAUGCAGCCGGUUCUGGAUCAAUCCAAGUCUAGUUCAGACUCUUCCACGUUCAGUGUUUCUCAGGCCUUGGGUGCCCUGACAGGGAUGGAUGAUUCUACUCAAGUGGCAGUUAACAGUGUUUUUGGUGUGAUAGAGAAUAUGAUAUCCCAAUUAGAGGAGAGUUCAGAACAUGAAGAUGAAGAUAAAGAUGAGAAAAAUAAUUCUAGAUCCGUAUCUGUAUCAAUGAAUGUAAAACCAAUUGACGGUCAAAGGCAAGAAAAGUCAGAAGCCACUCUGCAUGAAAAAAGUGUAAAGCCCGAUGGCUUAAGUGAUUCUUCUGUUUUAAAACACUGUGGGAAUAGUAUGGACUCGCGGCAGGAUGAAUCAAAUGGACGCAUUGAAAAGGAAUCCACUCAAAGCCCAAUUUCUUCUCACGGGAAUGGUAUGAAAAGUCGGGAAAGGGAUACAGCUACUCGUGUAGUUGAGCAGGAAAAUAGAAAGAAUGAUCAAUUAGGUGGUAGCAAUCAUCCUGAUGAUAGUUUAGACAGAAUAAAGAAAGAAAAUAGCAUUCCAACGUACAUAACUUCAAAUAAUGAGUACUUACCCAAGUAUCUAUUCUCAGAGAUUCCAACAGAAUCACUAGAUUCAGAUGCAACCAAUGCACUGCUGCUCGAGUAUUUUCCAGAAGAAGGUCAGUGGAAGCUUCUAGAGCAACCAGGAAAUAAUGGAAGUACUGUUGAUGAUGCUCAGAAAAAAGUUCAUACUCGUUCACCUGCAGAGGAAGAUGACGGAGACGAUGUUAUUGAGCCUCUGUAUGUUAUAUUAGAUACAGAACAGCAACAGGAACCAAUUGAAGAGUUUGAGACACUGAGCCACGAACAGGAAAAGGUUGCAAUUGAUGACAAUAUACCAGAAGAGCUGAUGCAGUUUGUGAGAGAGAUUAUAUUAGUUGCCUUGAAGGUUGAAGUCGGUCGCAAGCUAAGCACGGCUGGCAUGAAUGAAAUUGAACCCAAACUUGUUGGAGAAUUGGUACAGGUGGCAAAUGCAGUGUCAUUGUCUGUUGGACACGAUGUGAAGCAUGCUCUGAUUUCUGAUGCUAAAUGCCAUGAUAUCGAUGAUAUUUUGGACAAAGUGGAUACGCUUAAUGGGGAGCAUAUUAUCAGGGUCAUAUCUUCUGCUGUUCAGGAGACUACUUACUUGAGAAGGGUAUUACCCGUUGGUGUUAUUGUAGGAUCUAGCUUAGCUGCUUUGAGAAAAGUUUUCAACGUAUCUACAGUGCAUGACGAUGGUGAUCUGAAUUUUGCUGAAGACAAAAAAUUGCGAGAAAAUGAUUACAGUAAGAUUAAAGUUUCCAAGACUCACCAAAUGCCUUCUGAAAAAAUUGAUCAGAAUAACAGGAUGGAUGAUUUAGUCAGCAAGAAGGGUGGGAAAACUGAACUAUAUAAUAAAAAAAAUGCUACUGUCAUGGUUGGUGCUGUUACCGCUGCUUUGGGGGCAUCCGCUUUACUAGUGCAACACCGGGAUUCAUACAAAUCCAAUGAAGCUGUUGAAAGUUCAUCAAAGUCCCCAAACAUGAAAGCCGAUACUCGAAAGGAGGCUGAAAAACUUGACGAGGCAGCGUCUGAAAAGAAUCACAAUAACAUUGUAACAAGUCUUGCUGAGAAAGCCAUGUCAGUUGCUAGUCCAGUUGUACCUACAAAGGAAGAUGGUGGCGUCGAUCAAGAAAGGCUGGUUGCAAUGUUGGCAGAUUUGGGACAGAGAGGUGGCAUGCUGAGGUUGGUUGGAAAAGUUGCUUUGCUAUGGGGUGGUAUACGUGGUGCAAUGAGUUUGACAGACAGGCUUAUCUCAUUUCUUCGCUUAGCUGAACGUUCCUUGAUCCAAAGGGUUCUUGGGUUUGUUAGUAUGGUGCUUGUUUUAUGGUCACCAGUUGCUGUUCCGCUGCUUCCAACACUAGUCCAAAGCUGGACUACGCGUACCCCCUCUAGAUUUGCUGAGCUUGUAUGCAUUAUUGGUCUGUACACUGCUGUUAUGAUACUUGUUAUGUUAUGGGGAAAACGAAUACGUGGGUUUGAAAAUCCACUUGAGCAGUACGGGCUGGAUUUGGCAUCAUUGCCAAAGAUUCAGAAUUUCUUGAAGGGCUUGGUUGGAGGAGUAAUGCUUGUAGUAUCAAUACAAGCUGUGAACGUACUGCUUGGCUGCGUAAAUAUUUCUUGGCCUUAUACUCCAUCUUCCGUAGAUGCCAUGACAUGGCUGAAAUGGUAUGGUCGAAUGCUUGUGGUGGUUGCUCAAGGAAUUGUAACGGCAUCUGGUGUUGCCCUUGUAGAGGAAUUGCUUUUCAGGUCAUGGUUGCCUGAAGAGAUUGCCGCUGAUCUUGGACACCAUCGAGGAAUGAUAAUAUCAGGCCUGAUAUUUUCUUUAUUUGAGAGGUCUCUAUGGGCAAUUCCCGGGCUAUGGCUUCUCUCUUUGAGUUUGUCAGGUGUUCGGCAAAGAACCGAAGGCAGCCUCUCUCUUCCCAUCGGGUUACGUGCAGGAAUAAUGGCUUCAAGUUUCAUCUUGCAGAAGGGUGGUGUUCUGACCUACAAGCCCAACUUUCCUAUUUGGGUCACCGGGACUCAUUCAUUCCAACCGUUCAGUGGGAUAGCAGGUUUUGCAUUUUCCUUGUUGUUGGCACUAUUUUUAUAUCCAAGACAACCCAUACAAACGAAGAAUUUGAAGUGCGAAAAUGGGGAAUAAAUAUUUCAACCAUCUGUUGACGCACACUAUAUGCGUUGUGUUCGUGAAUGGCGGGAUUCGUAUAAAUUGCGUCGUUAGCUUCACUGGUUAUGUUUAUCUUUGGUAACUUUCACCAUGAAAGUAGUAAAAUACUGUACAAAAUACGGACGGAUGAAGAGCAAAGCCGACAAACAAAUACAAGCAGAAGUACAAAGGUUACUCGGUGCCUGCAUGUGAGCUGUUGGACCGAGUGCUACAAUCUCACCAAGGCAAUGAAAAUGAUCACACUGUAUAGUUGGCAAGAAUCUUAUCUUAAAUGUCUUAAAAGAGGCAAAAAUUUUGUAAGUAGGACACCGAUGGGGUACCAUUUUACCCCUGUUUAGUUUUGUUUUUUUCCCUUCCUUUUUUGCCUUGGUGUACAUCUCUUUCACCUUUUUGCGUUCUGUCUGUCUUUUACUAGCUGGUGAAAAGAUGUGUAUAGUAUAAUGGAAGAACAUUUAUUGAUAGUGCAGAUUGUUUGGUUA